AUGCCUUUGGACAGAUGGCAACCUCGACGCAACGGAGACGACGACCGGCCUGCAACUUCUCACAGUCGCAGCUCUGCCCUGGAUAGUGACAAGCAGGGCGAAUCUUCAAAGGCUUCACAACGAUCCAGAUACUCGCCAGGCGCGGACAGAGGUGAUGACGGCUCGUCCUUUCCCAACAAAGCUCGCCGUAUCGACGACAGGCUUGAAAGUCGUAUUGACGACAGGCUUAAAAGUCGUAUUGACGACAGGCUUGAAAGUCGUAUUGACGACAGGCUUGGAAGCCGCUUCGACAGAGACGCACGUGAACGACACCAGCACACUGAUCGAAAUCGAGACAGUCGAGACAACAUUGCUUCUGCAUCUUCCUCUUCACGCCGCACAGAGGAUACACGCGAUGCUGUGCCACCUGCUUUGACUAUCAGGGGUGUGGCUGCGUCCCAACGUCCCACCUCACCGUCACGACAGCCAGCGAAAGAGAACGAAGACAGACCGCCACGAGCACGUAGCCCUGAUUUUUUCGACCGACUCAAUCGACAUAGAGAUGACGCCAAUGGCUCCGCCCCUUCGAGACCGGAGACCUCUCUUCGCUCACGACUCGAAGACGAGACAAGUCGAGAGAGCUCAGAUCUGCCAAGACGAACAGCACCAAAGCUCGCUCCAAGAGGUCAGUACGACGAGGACGGUCGUCGCAUCGAUGCUGUUCCCAAUCGCACCGACUCCCGGGACCGCCGCAUCGGUUUGACAUCUCGAGACGACCCUCCUACUUCACCGCGAAAGCGAGAGCUAGAGUCAAGAAGAAUACGGGACCGUUCUGGCUCUCCUGUCUCGGUUGACCGCUCAGGCUAUCGAGCUGCUGACUCGCGUGAUGAUAGAUCGACACGUCCCGAGCGCACACGCACUUGGCAGCCUUCUCCCAGUCCAAGCUCGACCACUGCAACACGGUCUCAAUGGGACAGGUCUUCCAACAAAUACGACCGAUACGAGCGUCGCAGAUCUCCACCACCACGAUCUACCGCCAGGUAUGAUCGAGCAGAGCAGGACACCUCAGCAAGAUCCACUUUAAGAUCAGCAAGGUGGGGUUCUAGAGCGCAUCUUGAUGACGAUAACACAGACGCUCGCUCGCGUGGGAGAGGUGAUCCAGGCACACCGACACGCCGACACCGCUGGCCCUCGCCUACACGAUCUGAUACUUCAAACCGCUCGCGCCGCCGAGAUGGUGAUCAGGAGACGGUGCAGCGUUCAACGCGGGACAGAGAUACCGAGCGUGGGGUGGAAAGGUCGCGUCCUGAAGAUCGUCCCGCUCGCUGGAGGAUGAACAACAACAAUGAUGGUGAUCUCGACAAAGACAGCACUCGAGUGCGAGGAGACCGAGGCCGGGAUGGAGACGAGGACAAGGCUAUAGAGGACACCCGACCUAGACGAGACGGAUAUCCCACAGGACCUGCUCGUGAUCGCAGGCGCUCGCCCGAUAGCCACAGACCGCGCACACCUCCUCGACAAAGUCGUGCAGAUGAUGGAGCCGAUCGAGGUCACGUACUUUUACGCAAGUCGGCCAUUAGCACGACCUUCGAUAACAAGCAGCCGCCUACUGGGCCACGCGGUCAGACAGACGCAGCGAAUCAGCGCAGUAUUCGCGGUGGUGGCUGGCAAACUGUUCGUCCUGGCUCUCGGCCCGAUCGAAACGCCUCUGCCUCCAACAACAACAACAACAACAACAACAACAACAACAACAACAACAACAACAACAACAACAACGACAAUGACAACAACAACGACGACAACAACAACAACGCUUAUGCCACUGGCAAGGGUCGUGAAGACAAGAAACAUAGCGAAGCAGAUACUCGGCGGGUUAAAAGGCCUCGCGCAGAACCUGGCAUACCAGCCGAAGCUCGGCGAGCAGAAGCGGGCGAAGCAUACGAAAGCAUCCACCAAGUUGGUGAAGGCACUUACGGACAAGUCUUCAAAGCACGCUCUGAACGGACUGGCGCCCUGGUGGCACUCAAGAAGAUCCGCAUGGACAGCGAAAAGGACGGGUUCCCAGUGACAGCGAUGCGCGAGAUCAAACUUCUCCAAGCUCUCCGUCACGAAAACGUCGUCCGACUGCACGAAAUUAUGGUCACUCGCGGCUCGAUCUACAUGGUUUUCGAAUACAUGGAGCAUGAUCUUAACGGCAUUCUCGCUCAUCCUCAAGUUGAAUUUAGCGAUGCACAUCUCAAAUCCCUGGCACAACAACUGUUUUCUGGUUUGGACUAUCUGCAUCGUAAAGCAGUUCUGCAUCGCGAUUUGAAAGGUUCGAAUUUGCUCUUGAACAAUCAAGGACGGUUGAAGUUGGCAGAUUUCGGACUUGCAAGGUUUUACGCCAAGAGAAGAGAGGGAGAUUACACGAAUCGAGUGGUGACGUUGUGGUAUAGACCUCCGGAGCUGUUGUUCGGUGAAACGCAGUAUGGGUCUGAGGUGGAUAUGUGGGGUGCAGGAUGUAUCUUGCUCGAGUUAUUUGUGAAGAAGCCAGUGUUUCAGAGCGAGACGGAGCUGGGACAGGUGACAGCGAUAACAGAUAUCUUGGGGCCGGUGAGAAAGGAGAAUUGGCCAGAAGUGGAUAAGUUGGCUUGGUACGAGAUGGUCAAACCGGUCGCUCUUGCCACUGUCGCUGAGGAUGAGCAAGAGGCGAAGAGGAAGGAUUACGUAGGAUCGAAGUUCGGAAAGCACAUGCCUGAGGCAGCGCUGCAAGUAGCACGAGGGCUGUUAAGGUACGAUCCGAAGAAGAGAUGGACAGCCAAAGAAGCUCUUGCAUCGGAUUACUUCAGCCAGGAACCGAAGGCGGAGCUACCAGCAGGCUUGUUGAGUGCGUUGGAGGGAGAGUGGCAUGAAUAUGAGUCAAGGAGGGCGAAGAAGAAGGCUACUGGUCAUAGGGUCAGUGAUAAGGUGGGAACGGAUAAUGCAACUGGCCAGACAGCGAGCUCGACAAACGCAACUGUUGUGAGGGAUCCUGCUGCGAGUUGA